ACACCUGAGCGGAAAACCGUGCUUCUUAAAACAAGCGGAAGUCCUUUCAACAACAUUGUUACCUCGAUGAUAAACUUGUCCAACCCACUGGAUACUCCAGUGUGCUUCAAGGUGAAAACAACCGUACCCAAAAGGUAUUGUGUAAGACCUAGCAGUGGGAUUUUUUCGGUCAUUUUUACCCUCCCAGUUAUGCUUCAACCGUUUAGUUAUGAUCCAAGUGAAAAGACGAAACAUAAGUUUAUGAUUCAAAGCAUGAUUCUCCCUGAGGAUUGUGACAAUUUUGACGCUGUCUGGAAGAAUGCGGAUCCUGCCAAAAUCAUGGACUCGAAACUUAUUUGUAUUUUAAGAAUGGCUGGAGAGCUUGUCGUUCUACCAAGUCAUGAAUUAUUGUUUGAAGGUAAUUUCUCGGUUAACAGAUCACUAGCUUGGUAUCAGGACCGUUUACCCAGCCAGUUCAGUCUAUCAUCACACUGA